CUGGAACAAAAUGCAACUCGAUUUGAUCCUUUGUCUCUCCUCCAAAACGCUUCUCUUCUCUACUCUAAGAAGAAGACGCGUUUCUAUCAAGGAGGAGAGACAAUGGAUCACUUCAGAUUCAACAAAACCCUUCUCCUCAUCGGAGCACUCUCUUGCCUCCUCCUAUCCACCGCCGUCUCCGCCCGUCAACUUCUAGCCGCACCUGUCCCCCCUGAGCUUACACAAUUCUGCAGCGGCACCGAUAACCCAUCCCUAUGUGUCGAUACCAUCGCCCCCUUCCUAUCUGGUUCCUUCGACCCCGUCAAAGCACUGGAGAGCGAGAUCAACGCCACCCUCCAGAAGGCCAGCGAGAUCGCUGCUUCCAUCUCCAAGCAGCUGGAAGAUCCCACCACCGCCAAGAACGCUUUGGACGCGCUCAACAUCUGCAAGUCUCAGUACGAUGACAUGUUGGACAGCAUAAAGGAGUCUCUGAAUCUGGUGGCUCAGAUGAACGUGGCGGAUGCUUAUCACAAAAUGAGCGCCGUGAUUUCCUACAAAUCCAGCUGCGACGACGCUUACACCGAGUCUCCCGGAGUCGAAAUGCCCUUCCGCCAGGAAGCCACCACGCUCUUCGAGUUGAGUGGCAAUUGCGUCACCGUCCUGGACACCAUCGUUAACACUCACAAGGUGUAAUCACGGAGAAGGAACGACACAUGCAUGCAUGCAUUCUUUUGAGAGUUUGAGGGGUUAAUGGUUAUAUAUAUAUAUAUAUAUAUAUAUAUAUAUUUACGGGUUAUUUGUAUGAAUCUGAUCGAAAUCGAGUUCGACCAAGGGUUGCCUACAUGUAUGUUUGCCAGUUUUGGAUAACAUAU